AUGGGUCCUGGAAGCCUGGAGGGGUUGGGGUACAGCAGGCACAUCACCGUCCCACCACGCUGCUGCUGCCAUCACACCGGCCCCCUCCGCCCCCCGAGCUCCGUGUCAGUGGGGUGGGGACCCCACUCCUCUGCGAAAGCAGUGCGGGUGGCAGCUGGGGCAGGGUCCCUCCUCCGCCCGCCGCGCUCACCCGCGGGCACGCUGGCUCCCCAGGUGAAGCAGAAGCUGCUGCCGGUGGAGCUCCCGCUGGUGACGGGGGAGCUGGAGGCCGUGGACGGGCGGCUGGCCAGCGCGGAGCACACCCUGUUCUGGCACCACGAAGGCGUCCUGGAGUACAUCCAGGAGAUGAGGGAGGUCCUGCACGACCUGCAGACCAGGGUCCAGAAAGCAAAGUUAAACAGGGAACACAUCAUCCAGCUGCUGGAGGAGUGCUCGGCCGCUCCCCUGUUCGGGAGGAAAGACAACAAGGAGAGAGCGCUCUUGGACCUGGAGGGGAGAGCAAACGCCUUAACCAAGCGCUGUGCUGCGCUCAGGGACGCGGGCGUGAGGAUCCGGGAGAUGGUGGAGGAGAACGCAAAUCUCUUCAAGGCCGACAAGUCAUCGCGGAUGUGGCUGGGCUACGUGCGGUCUAUAGACAGAAUCGUGCUGAACAGACUCUUCAGGCUUGUCCACAGAUCUCUGCAGCUGCUGCUCACCAACAUGGCCCCUGACGCCGACGUGGCGCCGUUGUUCGAGGUGCGCCUGGAGCUGUGCGAGGGCAGAGUGCGGUACCGUCCCCCGCUGGAGGCGGGAGCCGACAGUCUGGUGGGGCUGGUGGAGGAGCUGCUCCAGGACAUCUACGCGCCCGCCGCCUGCCUGCCUCGGCUGCUGGAGGGCAAACUGAGCUACAAGACCAGGCUGGAGGAGCAGGCGGAUCUGGGCAGGAUGCAGGAGGAGGUGAUGGCGCUGGUGGUCAGCGCCGCGGCGGAGGGCGAGGAGUACAGCGCCGGCUUCGAGGAGCAAAACCACCUGUGGCUGGAGGACCCCGGGGAGUUCCUGCAGCACUUCCUCGCCUCGGGCAGUGCCCCCGGCCCCGAGGAGCUGGAGCUGCAGCUGGAGGAGCCCCCGGCUCACGGGACCCCCUCGCUCCAGCUCUUUCAGCAGGAGAUCAGCGCGUGCGAGGAGCUGUGCGAGGAGGUGUCAGGGUUUGAGAACACCAAGGUGUUUGGGGGGUGGCUGCAGUGCGACUGCCGCCCCUUCAAGCAGGCGCUGCUGGGUGCCAUCAGGCACCGGGGUCUGGUGCUCCGGCAGCACCUCGCCAGCCACGUCAUCACCAGUCUCCAGGAGCUGGAGGGUUUCAUCCAAAAUACAAACACCAGCUUGAACAAACCUCUGGAGGAGGGAGACUACGAGGGGCUGGUGGAGGUGAUGGGGGUUCUGAUGCGGGUCAAGGAGAGGCAGGCAACGACCGACAGCAUGUUUGAGCCCCUGAAGGAGACGGUUGCUCUGCUCAGCACUUACGGAGAGGAGAUGCCCGAGGAGAUUCACCUCCAGCUCCACGACCUCCCCGAGCACUGGGACAGCACCAAGAAGCUCUGCCUGCACGUCAAGCAGAGAGCGGCACCCCUGCAAGCCAACGAGGUCAACAGCAUCCGCAAGAAGUGCCAGCAGUUCGAGGUCCGGCAGCACGCCUUCCGGGAGCGCUUCCAGCAAAAAGCCCCG